AAAACAACACCACGAACGGACCAUCGCAGCGAAUUAGUGUUUGGUAGUGUUUUUCACUAGUUUUCUCGUUGAAUUCAAGAAGAAUAAAUCAUGGAGUGGCUUUUCGGAAAGCGAAUGACGCCGGACGAGAUGAUGCGCAAGAACCAGCGGGCGCUCAAUAAAGCGAUGCGAGAUUUGGAUCGGGAAAAGAUGAAAAUGGAACAGCAGGAGAAGAAAAUCAUUGCCGACAUCAAGAAGCUGGCGAAGGAAAACCAGAUGGACGCGGUGAAAAUCAUGGCCAAAGACCUCGUCCGGACGCGUCGGUACGUGAAGAAGUUCAUGCUGAUGAAGGCCAACAUUCAGGCCGUUUCGCUGAAAAUUCAAACACUGAAAUCACAGAACGCGAUGGGUGAAGCCAUGAAGGGCGUCACGAAAGCGAUGACCAACAUGAACCGCCAGCUGAACCUGCCACAGAUACAGAAGAUCCUGCACGAGUUCGAAAAGCAGUCGGAGAUUAUGGACAUGAAGGAAGAAAUGAUCAACGACGCCAUGGAUGAUGCGAUGGAGGACGAAGGCGAUGAGGAGGAAACCGAUGCCAUUGUGUCGCAAGUGUUGGACGAAUUGGGCCUGCAGCUGAACGAUCAGCUGGCGGGGCUGCCUCAGGCGUCUGGUUCGUUGUCGGUAGCCGGAGCAAAAACUCCUCAAGCAGCGGCCGUUGGAGCGGCCGGCGGAACCGGUGGAGGCGGUGCAGGAUCACCCGUAUCGGAUGCCGACGCAGAUCUUCAGGCUCGCCUGGAUAAUCUCAGAAGAGAAUAAUAGUCGUAGAGCGUAGGAGAACCAGCUGCCUAAUACUUCGCAUGCCUGGCGUGUUGAAACCCACUAUUUUUUUCUUAUCUCAAGCAGAGUCCAAUGAUUUGUAUGAAGCUUGCAAGAGGAUCCGCGUUAUUCAGGCUUGAAAAGGACGAGUUUUUGAGAGUGUGUUUUUAUUUCGUUAAAUUAUAAGUUGUAACACUAUUAAUGCUUCGAAUUUGUGAACAAAAACAAUGCAUGGAUGUAAAUAUGGAAAAUAAACGAUUCGUACCAUUUGGCAAUCUUUGUCAAAUAGUAUAA